CCCCCACCCCUCUCUCCUCCUCUUAAUCUCCCGACUCCCCCAAUCUCACUUCUUACACCCUCUGCAGUGCUCUACCCUUAGGUUACCCCAGUCCCCCUGCUGCCCCUCGUUGGAUUAAUUGCUGCCCCCUUCACCCGCAAAGGAAUUACUGAGCAGUGCGGGACAAUGCAGAUCUAAUGGGGCGACAUAGAGGAUUGUGUUCACGCUACCACUGAGUGACAUUAUCAGAUGACACAGCCGCUUUGCCAGCAGCGCAAGUGCUAUGGGGGUCUAUUGUCAGUGUUCAGUGAAAGCCUAGCUGAUGAUCACAGAGAGGUAUGAGCCAGCUGGCUACAGCUGAACUCUGAAAACAGUUUCUUGUGUUUGGAGAAACAGACUGUUGGCAAAAGAACAUCAAUAGGCUCAUACUGGAGUGAUUCACGGGACUUUACAGUUGGUGGGCAGUGGGGAAUGCAGAGGCAGAAUUGUUUUGGGAAUAUUCAAAUAAAGCUAUAAAAUAGGAUAUUUUCAGAACUCUAAAGCUGACAUCCAACUACGCAACAAUGUAUCUCAGUGGCUUAUCAUUUUCGUAGGACAACAUAUAUGGACGAGAGAGAUGAAUUGUCACAAGACAUUGUUAAGGUGAAAAAGUCUAAAUAACAAUGAAAGUUGCCGCACGAGUCGUGGUACUCACAAAAUGAGCAAUAAAACAGGAUGGCGUGCAGGGCUGGCAUUCAUCACUGUGAUGUUUGGCUUCGGAAUGGUUUGGUACCUUCGUGUUGAGACCUACACUCCGGGAUCUUACAUGCCCAUGCGGUCGUUAUGCACUCCAGGACUUGUCCCAUCUAAAGCAGCAGAACUGAUAAGCAAUUAUUCGCGAGCUCAUCCUGUCUUCCUGCAGCUGAGCGAUUACUUCUGGGUGAAAAAUGAAUCCUUAUACACGCUACCUUACGGCACUAAGGGAAGCGAGGAACUGCUGAUGAAAUUUUUGGCACUUACAAAUCAUUACCACAUGCAAGAAUACAUUGAAAGGCUGUCAUGUCGUAGGUGUGUGGUGGUUGGUAAUGGUCAUCGCUUGAAGAACAGCUCGUUGGGUGAAGUCAUCAACAAAUAUGAUGUAGUGAUCAGGCUAAACAAUGCGCCAGUCUACAAGUAUGAGAAUGAUGUGGGCCGUAAAACAACAAUGAGAUUCUUUUACCCAGAGUCUGCUGAUUUUGACCCACAUUUGGAUAACAACCCAAAUACCUUGAUGGUCCUUGUACCAUUCAAAUCUGUUGACAUUCAGUGGAUGAAGAUAAUCCUGAACAAUGAAAAGAGGGUUCGGAAAGGGUUUUGGAAAAUGCCUCCUCUGAUUUGGGACGUGAACCCAGAAAAUGCUCGGAUCCUGAAUCCUUACUACAUGGAAGUGACGGCUACGAAAAUUCUAAAUAACUCAUUUUCAAAUACCAAGAAAAUGAAAAUAAAUCCCACAACUGGACUGUUGGCAAUCACCUUUGCGCUUCAUUUUUGUGAUGAGGUUCAUAUUGCUGGCUUUGGCUAUCCAUCAAAAAACAAUCAUAAUCAGUCCAUUCACUACUACGAGAAAGUGACGCUAAAAUCUAUGGCUGCAUCUAACCAUGAUAUUUCUUUGGAAUCUGCAGCAAUUAAAAGACUUCUUCAGCAACAUGUUAUUCAGAAUUUAACAUAUUUUUGAGGAAUGACACGAUUUUUAAAUCACCACAGUACAAUUACGCACGUGCUGACCAAUGGCUGCUUGUGGGACAAUGUGAACUUUUAUAAAAAAAAAAGAUACAAGCAGGAUUUUUGGACCUACAACUCUGUAAAUGGAAGGAUUUUAUAAUAAUACCUUUGUUGACUGAUGAAGACGCGUAGAGAACACUGCAGAGAUCAGGGCGACAAAAUGUAAAACAGCCCUUAGACUCCGUUAUUGGCUCUCAUCCAUAUCUAUAAACAAUACAGAUACAAUAGCUUGAGACAAACUCUUUUUUUUUUUUUUUUUUUUUUUUUGUUUUUUUAUUGUACUUAUUUUUUUAAGAAAAAAAGAAAAUGAAAAAAAAAAUAUUGAAAAGUGAAACUUUACUACGUAUUUUAUUUCUUUCAAAUCACUCUUUAGCGUCUUUAAAUGAAGAACAAAGGGUGGUGGUAAUUGUUUGCUGUUUUUGGGAGGGCAACUAUAUUAAUUUGCAAAAUACUUGCCAUGGAAAUGACCUUUUCAUGGAAGCACUGGCAUUUCCUAUUGUGGCCCUUCCAAGUUCUUAGUGCACUUUUUGUAUUUAACACAUUUAAUAAGAAUGACUUUGUGCUUAUCAGUAUGGGGAUAUUGAGACAAUAUCUUUCAAGCUGUUAGCAAUUUGUUUUGUUUUUAAAGUAUUCAAAAAGGGGCAGGACCCCUCUACAUGUGCCAUUUCCUUACAAGAUUGUAUUCUUAAAGGGAGGUUCUGAUGCAAAUCCCCAUAGAUUUUAAAGGGAUGAUGAAGUUUGAAAAUGACAUACUCUAAUUUGUUAGAGUAUGUAUCAAAACUAGCGACGCUGUAAUGCUUUGUGUUUAAAGAGACAGUGUACUCCAAAAAUGUUACUCCAAAAAUGUUAUUGCUUAAAAAGAUUGAUAAUCCCUUUAUUAACCAUUCCCCAGUUUUGCACAGCCAACAUGUUUAUAUUAAAAUAUAUAUUUAAGCCUCUUCUAACAGUCUCUCUUAUCACAUGGCUAUUUUUCUUUCAUGUAAUUGGCAAGAGUCCAUGAGCUAGUGACGUAUGGGAUAUAGAUUCCUACCAGGAGGGGCAAAGUUUCCCAAACCUCAAAAUGCCUAUAAAUACACCCCUCACCACACCCACAAAUCAGUUUUUACAAACUUUGCCUCCCAUGGAGGUGGUGAAGCAAGUUUGUGCUAGAUUUCUACGUUGAUAUGCGCUUCGCAACAGGUUGAAGCCCGGUUUUCCAGAGUGCAGUGAAUGUCAGAGGGAUGUGAAAAGAGUAUUGCCUAUUUGAAUACAAUGGUCUACCUUUAGGGGAUCUAUUUCAUAGGUUCUCUGUUAUCGGUCGUAGAGAUUUCUUCUACCUCCCUUUUCAGAUCGACGAUAUACUCUUAUAUACCAUUUCCUCUACUGAUUCUCGUUUCAGUAUUGGUUUGGCUAUCUACUUCAUGUAGAUGAGUGUCUUUGGGUAAGUAAGUCUUAUUUUAUUUAUGACACUCUCAGCUAUGGUUUGGCACUUUAUAUGUAAAGUUCUAAAUAUGUGUUUUAUGCUUAUAUUUGCCAUGAUUCAGGUCAAUCAGCUUAUUUUCCUUCUUUCAGACUGUUAGUUUCAUUUUUUGGGAAAAUGCAUAUGAAUUAAAUAUUUUCCUUACCUAAAAUUUUCAAUUGACUUUUUUCCUUUAAAUUGCGGGCUGUUAGGCUCGCGGGUGCAAAAAAUGCUAGAAUUGAUUGCGUCAUUUUUGGCGCAAGACUUUUUUGGUGCGAGAUUGACGUUUUGUCUGACGUCAAUGACGUAAUUUCCGGCGUCGUAGUUGUCGCCGGAAGUUUUCACGUAGUUGCAUCAUUUUUGACUCUCGUGUUUAUUAGAGAUGUUUUUGGCGCCAAAAAAUAUGUGGGCGUCAUACUUGGCGCCAGUUUUUUUACAUUAUUUAAGUCUCACUUUUUAGUUGCUUCUGGUUUCUAGAGGCUUGUUCUGUUUGCAUUUUUUCCCAUUCCUGAAACUGUCAUUUAAGGAAUUUGAUAAUUUUGCUUUAUAUGUUGUUUUUCUAUUACGUAUUGCAAGAUAUUCCAAAAACUGUUCCUGUAUCAGAAAAUACUGUUGGAUUCCUGAUGACUGAUAUCAUUCCUACCAAAGCUAAGUUAAUUUAUUUUUAUGAAUUUUAUCUUUAGCUAUGGUUUGUAAUAAGUUAUCAUGAUAAACUUUUACAUUCAGAGUCCAUUAGUAUGCAUUAUCUAUUGCUAAUCUUUUUACAUCUAAUGUACAAGAUAUACCUAGGAAUCUAUGAGAAUGUUUUUCUGAUUCUAUCCUAAAAGCUUUGUCUGACAUCCCGCCUUCUAAUAAAAUUUAUAGGUCUUUUUUAAACUUCUCUGUGACGGAUACCCCCGGCUAUCCCGACUGGGUAGCUCCGCCAAACGGGUCCUGCUUCCUCCCUGCCGAUUGCAGCCAUGUAGCUGGCAAGUGACCACAGCCUGUAGCCACCCCUGAUGCCUGACAGCACCAGUACUCAGGGUCCCACCCUAUAGCAGACUCCAGCUACCAGACUAGGUAGCUCUGUCAGAGUGUCCUUCCUCUGCCUGGAACAGGCUGCUAUGUAGCCCAGGAAAAGUGAUUUUAGCUGGAGCAAACCCAAAUAACUAGACAGCCUAGCAUUCAGGUUUAACAGGAACUCAUUUUAUUGAAAACACACACUCCUUUUAUACAGUCAGCUCAUCUUGAUAAAACCCUGGACAAUCCCACUAUUUUCCCACCAUUCCCGCCCCUCCAGACAGCCCGGCACUUCCAUAGGAGCCACAGUCCCACAUAAUCCCAAUACAUAUGGGUGGCGGUUUUGGGGUGAUCCCGGUGGACACAGCGGUGUCAUUUUAACGCUCUCGGUCCCCAGUCCAAAAACCAGCAUGAUUCAUUACUGGGGACCAGAGUUACAGUCCGUUGAAGUUAUGGGGUUAGGGGUGUCCAAAACCCCCGGUUCCCAAAGGAGCUCCCCUCCGGCAAUUCCACCACCCCUUUUACUCCCCAGGAGCUACUAAUCCCAAAAAGAACGGAGCUCUGGGGCACAUGGUUGAUGGAGCGACCUGGGUUAAAGUUACCGGGUGUUCUGCUGUCCUGGGGCCGACCGGGAGUUCCAGGAGCCUGGCCAGCCUGAGAGGGGUUGGGCGGGUGUACGUUGUGAGGUGGCCGACCGGGAGUCCCAGGAGCCCGGCCAGCCUAGGAGGGUUUUCCUGGUCAUAAAUCAACUUUUCUCUGAACACAAAAGGAAGACAAAACAAAGCAAACAAACAGCUUCCAGAGAUGGUGAUUGCUCUGAGGAGCCCAAAACCACUGAGAAACAACAGGGGUGAGGUUGUAGGGGGGUGAGGAUUUAACCCUUGCAGCCCAGUAUCCGUGACAUUCUCAUUUAGUUGAUGAUUUUUUAAAUGACCGACAACAUACUGAAUUAUCCUUCUCUGAUGAUGUUUUUUCUCAUUUAGAAUAUACUUCAUCAGAUAUUUGACACUAACAAAUCUACUUUUUUAUUUUUAAAUUGAGUACAUUCGUUGUUGAAAAGGUGUUGAUUAUACUGGAUAUACUGGAGUCUAGUUCUUUUGAUUUAAGACUAGCUAACAUUUAAAUUCUGCUCAUUAACCUCCUGUGGUUUCUUCAGAGGUUUUUUUCCCAGUUCAUGAUACUAGGGAAUGGAAUAGGCCUGGGACUUCUUUUAUUCCUCCUUUAAGGUUUUUAAAUUGUAUCCUUUGCCGGCAGUUAGUUUAAAGUUUUAAGGAAGAUCCCCAAAGUUAAUGGGGCUAUCUUUACUCUUGCUAAACAUACUACUAUUCCUAUACAAAAUAGUAUUUAAUUUUUUCCUUCAGAUGGGAAACUUGUAUCUUAUUUAAGGAAAAUUAUUUUAUUUCAGGUCCUUUUCUUAGGCCUUUUCUUAGGCCUGCAAUUUAUUUGGCUGAUGUUGCAAAUGCUUCAACUUUCUGGUUGGAUACUUUAGUGCAACAAGUAUCAGAUUAUGAUUUGUUUUAGCAUUGUUAAGUUGAUCAACAUGCUAAAUAUUUCAUUUGUGUCGUCAUUUUUUUGAUAUUUUCACAAUUGAGGUUUAAUCUAUUUCUUUAGCUAUUUUUAGGUAGAAGAACUUUGUGACUUAAUCUUGGAAUGCUAAUUAUUUCUUUUUUUCCAAGGUAAUCAAUUAUUUGGUUCACAAUUGGAUUCAAUUUUUUCCAACUGUUACUCUGGGGAAGGGAGUUUUUUGUUGCUUCAAGAUUGAGUUCUAAGAGUAAAUCUUAAGCUUAUAUUAGUUUGUUCUUAAAAAGGAACGGAAUCCUAAUCCUUUCCAAGUAACAUGUUUAUAAUUGGAAGCUUUCUUCAACAUGGAAUGAAUUUAAGCUUUUAAAAGAUCAAAGUCAGCCCCCCAAAUUUGAUGUAGGUGCGUGUUUUUAUUCCAGCUUAGCUGGUAAGGGGCAGGUUUUGACUUUUUUAAAAUUUGUUUGGUUCAAUUCAGUCCAAACUUCUUAGAUUGGGGCACUGAAUAGGAUUCAGAGUAAAACCGCCUGUGAGAAGUUUUUUUUCUCUCUAGCAUAUUCCAGCUAUUCCAGUAAAUGCUCAUACUUUUCUGAAGUAUGUUUCAGACCUGUAUGUGUUGGGUACUUGUGAGGCGCGGCUGGUUACCCAUUGGGGUCUCAAGGCGCUGCUCAGACCUGGAGUUAUCUGGGGUAUUCAUACCAGUUCCUUUUCAGGAACAGGGUUUGGGGUUUUGUUCAAAACUAUUCAUUGUCCCAAAGAUAGAAAAUCUUUUUGAUUUGUCAUAUAAGAGUUCCUUCUUUCAGAAUGGUGUUUAUAUGGUCUAUUCUUCCUUUUUGGUCAGUAAGGGCAUUAUUUGUUUACAAUAGAUGCAUAUCUUCUGUUUUCAUUCAGAUUAUUUUCAUUUUCUGAGAUUCUCUUUUUUUGACAAGCAUUACCAAUUUGUUGCUUUUCCUUCUGGUCUAGCGACAGCUCUGAGAAUCUUUUCAAGGUUCUCAGUGUUUCCUUAUUUGGAUAAUCUCAUGGUACUGGCUCAGUCUUUUCGUUCUGCAGAAUCUCAUAUGAUUCAACUUUUGUUGUUUCUUCUAAGACAUGGUUGGAGGAUCUUUUUAUCAAAAGAUCCUUGGUUGCUCAGACAAGGGUCACCUUUUUUAGGUUUCCAGAUAGAUUGUAUCAAUGUCUUUGUCUCUAACAGACAGGAGACAAUUAUAUUGGGUUCAGUUUGUCGGAACCUUCAGUCUCUAUUAUUUCCUUCAGUAGCUAUAUGCAUGGAAGUUUUAGGUCUCAUGGCUGCAGCAUUGGAUUCAAUUCCCUUUGCUCAUUUUCAUAUGAAACCUUUCCAGUUUUUUAUGCUGAAUUAAUGGUGCAGGGAUUCUAGGAUAUCAUUUUUAAUAUCUUUGAAUUCCAAUGUUCAACUAUCUUUGACUUGGUGGUUAGAUCACCAUCAUAUAGUUCUACGGGUCUCUUCGAUUCAUCCAACCUGGACCUUGAUCACUACAGAUGCGAGUCUUUUAGGUUGGGUGGCUGUCUGGGGAUCUCUGUCAGCACAAGGGGUUUGGAAAUCUCAGGAGGCGAGAUUACCAUUCAAUAUUUUGGAACUCCGUGCAUUCUCAGAGUUCAUCAGUUUUGGCUUCUUUUUGAAGAGAGAGACGUUAUUGUUUUUCAGACAGACAAUGUCACAACUGUGGCGUAUGUCAAUCAUCAGGGUGGGACUCUCAGUCCUUAGGCUAUGAAAGAAGUAUCUCGGAUACUUGCUUGGGCUAAAUCCAGCUCCUGUCUAAUUUCUGCGGUCCAUAUCCCAGGUUUAGACAAUUGGGAAGCGGAUUAUCUCUGUCAAUCAAGCUUUACAUCCGGGAGAAUGGUCUCUUUACCCAGAUGUGUUUUUUCAAAUUGUUCUGAUGUGAGGGUUUCCAGUAAUAGUUCUGAUGGCAUCUCAUCUAAACAAGAAAACUUCCCAGGUACCUAUUCAGGUCCGAGGAUCCUCAGGCGGAUACAGUGUAUGCAUUGACACUUCCUUGGAGUUUUCAAUCUGCCUAUAUUUUUGUUCCUUCUGGUUCUUCUUUUUAAGAGGGAUUUUUCAAAAUCAUCAGGGAACAAUCGUUUUUGUGCUGCUGGUGGCUCCAGUAUGGCCGCUCAGGUUUUGGUAUAUGGUUCUUGUUCGAAUGUCCAGUUGACAACCUUGGUCACUUCCAUUUAGGCCAGACCUUAUGUCUUAAGAUUCGUUUUUUCCGUCAGGAAAUCAAAUUAUUAAAUUUGAUGGUAUGGAAAUUAAAAAGCUUACAGGGAGUGCAGAAUUAUUAGGCAAGUUGUAUUUUUGAGGAUUAAUUUUAUUAUUGAACAACAACCAUGUUCUCAAUGAACCCAAAAAACUCAUUAAUAUCAAAGCUGAAUAGUUUUGGAAGUAGUUUUUAGUUUGUUUUUAGUUAUAGCUAUUUUAGGGGGAUAUCUGUGUGUGCAGGUGACCAUUACUGUGCAUAAUUAUUAGGCAACUUAACAAAAAACAAAUAUAUACCCAUUUCAAUUAUUUAUUUUUACCAGUGAAACCAAUAUAACAUCUCAACAUUCACAAAUAUACAUUUCUGACAUUCAAAAACAAAACAAAAACAAAUCAGUGACCAAUAUAGCCACCUUUCUUUGCAAGGACACUCAAAAGCCUGCCAUCCAUGGAUUCUGUCAGUGUUUUGAUCUGUUCACUAUCAACAUUGCAUGCAGCAGCAACCACAGCCUCCCAGACACUGUUCAGAGAGGUGUACUGUUUCCCCUCCUUGUAAAUCUCACAUUUGAUGAUGGACCACAGGUUCUCAAUGGGGUUCAGAUCAUGUGAACAAGGAGGACAUGUGAUUAGAUUUUCUUCUUUUAUACCCUUUCUUGCCAGCCACGCUGUGGAGUACUUGGACGCGUGUGA